CUCGUCCUUCUUUAGCACAUCCACGUUUUAUCGAGACGAUGACGACGAGGGACAAGUAUGCCAUCCGUCCAACGAAAUUCCAACACUGCAUGUGCAAGCGAACGCCGAAGAUCUGCAAGAACUGUACGACAAUUACCUCGAUGACUUUGCUAUCAAUGCGACAGUGUCCCACAUCACCGGUCGCGAUUUCCAUCGUUUUGAACACGUCCGCAUCCAUUUGAGUGGACAAACAUCACGGCUGUUUGAAAAAUUCUCCUAUAGUAUGCAUAUUGCCAAGGAAGAAGGCGGACUCGGUGGGUAUCGUAAAUUCAAGCUACGUGCUAGCGUGACCGAUCCUUCGUUUAUUCGGGAAAAGAUGUAUUAUGAUGUCCUUGGGGCUGCUGGAUUGCCCGCAUCACGUGCAUCCUAUGUUAGAUUGUUUGUCAACAAUGAGCCACUGGGACUUUACGUCAUGGUGGACAAUUACAAGAACCCGUUUCUCAAAAACACUUUUGGGGGUAGCAAAGCGACACUGGGCAACAAGAAGAACAAGUACAAGCAUGGCGUGCUCUACCAAGGCGACAUUGCAGAGAAUUUUACGAAUCCUGAAACACCAAGCGCGAAUCUGGCUUACCGCGGGCCACUUGCAUCCGAUUAUGAUGUUGCUAUGAGUACUACUAUUAAUGACAUGGACGCCACAGCAAACAACUCAAUAGCCAUCAGCAGCAGCAGCAGUAGUAGUAGUAGGACAGCCCUUUAUAGGAUCCGACAAGAGUCAUCAGAUCCAGAAGAGCCACCGGGACUGACGCGAUUGAUUGAGUUCUUGGAGUUUAUUGCCACCCAUAGCACAGACGAGCAAGAGUGGGAAGAACGGUUUGACGUUGACAUGUUCCUGAAAAAUAUGGCAUUCGAAGUGGUAAUGGGUCAUGUGGACGGGUACCUCGGUGCCGCACACAACUACUUUCUAUACUACCAUCCGACGACCCAGAAGCUCGUGUGGAUGACAGCUGACCUUGACCAGACGAUGGGCAACAGCAUGUUUGAAGAACAAAAGAAGAACCAAGCACUGGAUCGCUAUGGGUUACUCCACCACGACCGACCGUUGUUUCAACACAUCAUGCAGAUCCCUACGUACAAGAAACAAUUCAACAGGAUCCUCAAGGAAAUCCACAAGGGAUUAUUUACAGACGACUGUCUCCGUGACCAUGUCAACUACCUGACGGACCUGAUCAAGGACGAUGUAGCAUGGGACGCAAAGAUCCGCACGGUCCGGUCGUCGGCGUUUGAUCAUGAUGCGAAUGCCCAAAAGCAUCGUCGCCAGAUCCAGGAAAAGAUCCUGCAGCUGCCGCUGGGUUCCGAUUUGUUGGCCCGCAUUAACAUGAUCGAUUUCCACUCGGCUUUGCAUGGCCCCAUCGCGGAUCAUCCUUCUCUGAUGCCCCUUCAUGAUUACAUCACGCAGGCCAAACAGGCAUUGACACACUACAUCGCUAGCUGACUGAGGUAGUCCCCCGUGGGUCUAUCUCAUCUAGUGUUGUUUAUAAAAGCUUUGGAUCGUAUUUUAUAAUAUAUAAUGGUGUGGGGUUCUUUUUUUUUUUUUGAAAGGGUAAAUGACAAGUGUGUGUGUGUUUUUUCCUGUGCUAUACUACUAGCAUUGGCUAUAAUAGCAGCAGUUCAGUGCUCAAAUGAUAGUAACUGCUGCA